GCCGUACAUUUGCAAGCGCAUGCGGCGGCUUCCAAGAUAUACUCUGAUUAAACAAGGAUACAGAAGGGUCCGAUGCCUGAUGAGGUCAAAUUACUCAAAUAUCAUGCAGCAGGAGGGAGUGUAUUCCAAGUAAUGAAUACUUCUAGACGUGGCGUUCUGCAAGUCGGGACGAAUAGAUAGAAUACACGAAAGACAGUCCUGUCGGUUGUCAAUGCUUUUUCAAGCACCAGGGGAACUCCGGACUGAUAUUGAUUCGUGGUGUUUGAAAUGAUGUAAGGAAACCCAAGGAGUGAGGUCCAAAGGGAGCCCAAAAACGCAAAAGAAUGCCAACUAAUAAACCUAUAUUGAUUAAGACCCGAGCAAAAGAGGCCAAAAAGGGAAAACAAGAGCUCGCAUCGCGACUAAAUGGUGGGACAAAAUACACCGCAUCCAGACCCAGCGAGACAGACUGCGGACCGAGCCAUAGUCGUCACUGUCCACUGUUGAUAACACUUGAGAACAGUCCAACCGGACAAGGAGCGCAAGAAAAAGAAAGCAUAGCUAAUGCGGGAGCAAUCAGAAUCAUCAUCGGCGUAACAUCAGGGACCGUGCCCCGUGAGAACAUUGGGCAUCAAUUGAGAGCGGACUCAAACUCCCAGAGUUUUCUGUUUUCUGUAUGCACGUAUCAUGGAGCCAGACGAGGUGGAGACGGCCUAGCAGCUGCGAUGACAUGUCCCUGCGGCGUGAGGCAAGCUCCGAUUAUGUUCCCUGUUCGAGCGACGGCAAUGGUGCCCCGCGGAUUGGAUAAUGUAGUAGACCAAAUCGUUAGUUCCAUGCACCAUGAGCAUCCCGACCUCCGUCCAUUUCCAGAAUCCGCAUUGGCGUAUAGAUCGCAGUGCACAGUUGAGGUUGAAGUCCUCACGCCCUAGUCCCGAUAUGGAAGGCGUCACGUGAUCAGGACCUGUUGUUGUCGCUCGGCAUUGCUGCCAAUUGUCUUUCUCUCCGCUCCUUCUCCGUCCUACCUACACAUCAUGUUCUUCGCCAGGCGAUCGGUGGCCUCGGUGCGGCCUUUGCUGCGGAACCAGCAGCCGCGACGAUU